UCUCGGCCCAACCGGACCCAACCCAAGCCUACCCUUCCUCCCCAGAUCUCGCCGCCGUCGGAAUGCUCCCCUCCUCCCGCGGCGGCGGCGGCGGCCGCACCCGCCUCCUCCUCCUCCUCGCGCUCGCCGCCGUCCUCUCCGCCGCUUCACCGCGCCGCGCUUCCGCCUCAGAGUCCGACCACAAGUUCAAAGAGGGAGAUUCAGUAACGCUAUGGGUGAACAAAGUUGGGCCUUACAAUAAUCCUCAAGAAACUUACAAUUAUCACAGCCUUCCAUUUUGUCACCCGUCCGAGAACCCUGGACAUAAAUGGGGCGGUCUUGGAGAGGUCCUGGGCGGAAAUGAGCUGAUUGAUAGUCAGCUUGACAUAAAGUUCUUGAAAAAUGUGGAAAAGCGCUCCAUUUGCACACUUGAACUGGAUUCCAAAAAGAUUCAACAAUUUUCUGAUGCCAUUGAAAGCUCGUACUGGUUUGAAUUUUUCAUAGAUGAUCUGCCUCUUUGGGGCUUUGUUGGUGAGACUGACAAAAACAGUGAAAACAAGCACUAUCUUUACACCCACAAGAACAUUCUUGUCAAAUACAAUGAUAACAGAAUAAUUCAUGUCAAUCUUACUCAAGAGUCGCCUAAGCUCCUUGAAGCUGCUAAAAAGUUGGACAUGACAUAUUCAGUGAAGUGGGUACCAACUGAUGUCUCAUUUGCACGCCGUUUUGAAGUUUACCUCGAUUAUCCUUUCUUUGAACACCAGAUUCACUGGUUCUCCAUUUUCAAUUCUUUCAUGAUGGUUAUUUUUCUCACUGGUUUGGUUUCAAUGAUAUUGAUGCGAACACUGAGAAAUGAUUAUGCAAAAUAUGCUCGUGAUGAUGAUGAUCUGGAGUCACUGGAGAGGGAUGUUAAUGAGGAAUCUGGAUGGAAACUUGUCCAUGGUGAUGUAUUUCGUCCUCCUAGAAGCUUGACAUUUCUUUCUGCUCUUGUUGGUAUCGGCACUCAGCUGGCAGCUCUUAUCCUUCUUGUGAUUGUAUUGGCCAUUGUUGGCAUGUUAUAUGUUGGGCGAGGGGCUAUCAUCACAACCUUCAUUGUGUGCUAUGCUCUUACAUCUUUCAUUUCUGGAUAUGUUAGUGCUGGUCUCUACUCGAGGAAUGGUGGUAAAAACUGGAUAAAGGCUAUGAUCCUUACAGCAUCCCUCUUUCCGUUCUUGCACUUCACAAUUGGCUUUGCACUGAAUACAAUUGCAAUCUUCUAUGGAUCAUUAGCAGCAAUACCAUUUGGUACAAUGGUUGUCAUGUUUGUCCUUUGGGCUUUCAUCUCUUUUCCCCUGGUGCUUUUGGGUACGGUCGUUGGUAGAAACUGGAGUGGGGCUCCUAACAAUCCCUGCCGAGUAAAGACUAUUCCACGCCCUAUUCCUGAGAGGAAGUGGUACCUUACACCUUCUGUCAUCUCAUUGAUGGGUGGGCUUCUUCCCUUUGGUAGCAUCUUCAUUGAGAUGUACUUUGUGUUCACAUCAUUCUGGAACUACAAGGUGUAUUAUGUCUACGGCUUCAUGUUGCUAGUCUUUGUCAUUCUUCUGAUAGUUACAAUCUGUGUCACGAUUGUUGGUACUUAUUUCUUGCUGAACGCCGAGAACUACCAUUGGCAAUGGACUUCAUUUUUCUCUGCUGCAUCUACAGCGCUAUAUGUGUAUCUGUACUCCAUCUACUACUAUCAUGUGAAGACAAAGAUGUCUGGCUUUUUCCAGACAAGUUUCUACUUUGGCUACACAAUGAUGUUCUGUCUUGGUCUAGGCAUACUUUGCGGUGCUAUUGGCUAUCUAGGGUCAACUCUUUUUGUGAGGAGAAUCUACAGAAACAUCAAAUGUGAUUAAAUUCCCGCUGCAUAUGGAUGGAGGGAGUGGUAUCAGAUCAAAUAUGUCAUUGCAGGGGAAAUGAGGCUUCCAAAAUGGAUAAAUGCUAGUUCCUGAUUAGGGUUUCAGAUCUACUCAGUAGGUUGUGAUCCCUUUGCUGACUCAGUCAAACCCCUUCCUUUUGCCUACUCAUUUCUUCCCUGGAGCUGCUCUCAUAGUGUAUACAUCUGUGGUAGCUGAGGAGUUUAGCGGAAGUGCUGGUGCACUUAGGUUCUUAUAUUUUUUUUCGUUUUUCUGCAGUUCUUUUUGAAACAGAAGUAGGAAGUGAGCAUCCAUGCGGCUCUGUCUAGACUUCCCGUGCUGAAUUGUUGCAUCCAAUUUAAGGAUGACAGUUUAACAGAUUAUCAUGUACCACGUU